UCUCAAAUUGAAAUUUAAAAAUACAAGCUACGAAAAUGAUUUCUUUAAUUUUAUAUAUUUGUAUAUUUUAUACCGCUGCUGCUGCGCGCAAUUUAAAAGUAGUUAAGUAUGAGAACUCGGUUGACACCAUCGUUAAGGACCUCGUCGACAACUGGCAGUCGCCACUUGUUUACCUGAAAAGUCGCGGCUACCUGCCAAAGGAUCUGCAGAAUGCGCCCGAACUGGAUUUUCAGCAGUUGCAGGGGAAUUUAGUCCCGGAUCUGCCCAUAAAAGAUUUAUUUGCCUUCAACAAGGACUCCAAACGGGACGUGGAACUUAAAAACGAAGUGAAAACUAUAGAUCAGCGCGCAGCUCGAUCCCUCGAUGAUCCCAAGGAACUCGAUUUGAAAAGGAUGUUCCAAUCGUUGUUCUCCUCAAACGACAAGGCUGCCUCCGAGGAGAUUAAAUCCAAGCUGGGUGUAUCCUGGGACAUGAAUGCCCUGAAAUCCUCUGCCCGCCUGGGAGCCAAGAAAUUUCUCGACAAGUUUAACAGCAAGCGGAAUCAGGUGGAAAACGUUGUCUUAAAUGAAGCUAAAGAUGCCGCAGUUUCCUAUGAAGGAGCCCACAAAUUGGAGGUCCUGGUGCCGUCCCACAUCCUGGAAAAGAAAAGUAACGAAUCGAUGGACAAGUCUGCUUAUAAUAAACCAAACUUUCUUAAAGGCGUAGCUAAAAUUUUGAGCAAUCCAGAGAUAAGGAUCAAGGAUUGGGACACCAAGCCUGCCCAAGAAAGCGUUCAUAAAGGACCGGAAAUGGGAAAGUGAAAUUAUAAUUUGUUGAUUAAAUGUUCAUGUAGUUCCAAAA